CUCAGUUUAGAACAACUUUCAUAAGGCACAAUUCAGAAAGAUAUUAUCUGUAUACAAUACCUAACAACCCAUACUUUGAAAAUGACGACAGGCAGCUGCUUCUGCGGGAAUAUCCAAAUUGAGUUUAGUGGCGAGCCUAUGAUAGUGGCCAUCUGCCACUGCCAUGACUGCCGCAAAGUCACCGGCACUCUGUAUUCCUACAACUUCGUGUUCAAAGAUGUCAACGUAAAGAUCACAGGGAAUCCCAAAGAGCUACCGAAGACGUCUGACAGCGGAGUUCGGAUCGUGAACCAUUUCUGUGGUGACUGUGGUACGCCGCUCUUCGGAUAUAAAGUAAAUGCCGAUGGAAGCGCAGGUGGAUUCAGGGUCGUGCGUGCUGGUGUUUUCGAUGAUGAGAUCGUGAAUAGAUAUAAGCCAGGACAUGAAGUCUUUACCAAGAGACGGGUAUGUUGGCUUGAUGCUACGGAAGGAGCUGGGCAGUUUGAGGGGAUGGCGCCUCUGUAAGGCAUAGAAUGUUGCGGUGGGACCGUAGGUAGCUUACGAGAUGAGGCUGAGUAGGUAUUGUUUCGGCGUUUCAUUAAUUGAAUUAGUCACUCCCUGUUACACAAUGAAUGGACUUUUAUGCAUA